GAACGGGCCCAAGAUCUACUCAGGCAACCUAUACCACCGCCUUCAUUCACAAGGAAGAUUCGAGAGCGGUUGAAUCGCGCUCUUCGGGAUGGUGGCCGGUCUAUCCUUUCCCCUUAUGAUGAUCGUCGUAGAUGGCCACUUUGGUCUGGAACAUUUUGGUCAGAGAUAUACCGAAUGCUCGAAAUUCGUGAUCAGUACGACCAAGUGAGGAAGUGGCUGGACGCGAAUCAGACUCCACGCUCCGCCCCUCUUAUCCCUCGGCUGUACGAGGGCUGGAAAAAGUUCAACUGAUCGAUUGUUACCUAUAUUAUCGAAUCAGUGGAUUGAAGAUGACUUGAUGGAUCUCUUAGUUAGACUGACUUCCCUAAACAUGAAGUCAAGGCCAGUGCCUCCAGGGCUCGUUGUACCGCUGCGGUUCUGGAGGGAACUGGUGCACUUAUACGAGAAUGACGGUUUUUUUGAUGAGAUGCACUAUCCAUGCCUAUCCGAAACAUGGCUAACAGUUAAAUCCGGAAAUCUCGACGUUGGAUUCAUCGUCAACGACGCGAAACCCUUGCCAGGCGAUCAGGGGACUCAUUGGACUGCCUGUGUUCUCAGCGUGUCGACAGGGGAAUACCGCUUCGGGGAUUCCUUGGACGCCCAACCGCCCCUACUGCUUCAACCUGCCCUCGAAUUGUGGCUGGCGAGGUGCAAUGCGUUACCACCGGGUGCCCAGCUCCGAAGAGGAAACGACCUCGAUCACGCAUCUCAAACUGACGGAUGGUCCUGUGGGAUUAUUGCCGUGAAUACACUUGAGCAUCACUUCCUUGAUUAUCCUCUGUGGGGCCCCAACAAGAAUGCGGAUAUACGAAUCACCAAGUACAUCAACUUGCUUGAAUACAAUCGCGGAGCCCCGUUACCUCCGCCACGAUCACGUGCUAGCUCCGUCUCCACUGACGCUUCCCAGCGGUCUCGUUCACGAACUAGGACUCUUUCCACCCGUCCAGAUGUUUACUUUGGUGAUAUUCCCGUUGAAGGGCAAGAUUUAGCGGUUUUGAGGGGCUGGACACCCGAAGAAGGUGCCGGCAUCUCUUCGAAAUAUCAAGAGAACGUCCCCAUCCUCAAUAACCAGGCGCCAAGCGAAAUUCCAGGUCGCCAAACACGUAAUGGGCCCGAUCAACCUCUCCCUAUGCAGGACCCUAAUAACUCCCCCCAACUAUCGUCUCGUUCGCCUGCCAUUCAACACUCUCGACCCAUUGGUGUCCCAAGUGCGCCAGCUCACAUUCGACCCACACGUGAUAGAGGCCGCGUUCCUGCUGACAUUCCUGCCGGUCAAGGUGAAUGGGAGCGUGAGUCACCUCAAGAAGAUCGUGGCAGACGACCGCGACCCAUUAUGCCGCCUCCACCUUCUGGAAAAAUUGAGGAUCCGCGCUUAUGGCCUGAGGAUCAACUGAAUAACACGCCAGUAUGUACAGCCACCCCUGUGUCAUCAAUCAUUAUAUGGCGCUGCGUUGACCUCAUCGGUUAUUUCCAUUCGGUUUUCAUAUCGGCUCCUCCCUUAUGACUCCCUGCGCGCCUAUUCUCCAUUUAGCCCGAGGAGCGGGGCGCCAUGUCAGCUGGCUGGGGUGCAGCCUCAGCGCCUGUUCUGCCGUCAGCACCUAUAAUACCACCGAUUAAUGGGGGUUUGCGACGCAAUCCAACCUUGCAACCAACCAGUGGCGCCCCUUCGGUACCUGUCAUGUCGCAGAGUGCGAAUCCACCGGUGCCCUUCCCAACUUUAUCGACGUCACAACCACAGUCGUCUGCUUUAGUCCGGGGACACCGACGAUCGAAGACUGACCCACAGGUAGAAAUACCAGGCGAU